AUGGACCGUGCUCAAUCCGAUCUCUCGUUGGGAUUCGGUAGCUCCCACGCUUUGCCGCUACAUCCUCCGAGAAUCCCGAUUGCUGAUGACUCGAUCACGCUUCAGAUUGACUCCAGCUUCCGUCCAUCGCCUAAUCCGAUGCCUCCUGUUCCGCUUCAGCUCCUGGAGCAGAGAUUCGAUGACACCGGAUCGCGUAGCCGGGUCUUCGAGGAAGACGACGACGUCGAAGAUGGUGAUGACGAUGAUCAAAGGGAAGAGGAGCAAUUCAUCCUCUUGGGUCAUCCGAUGAAGCUUAAACGGUCUAGAGGUAGCUGUUCAAUGUCAUCGCCAAGCCCUUGUAAGAGACUUGCUGCUGAUUCCGGGAUCGAAAGUAGACGAGCCGCCGUGAGAGCUUGGGGUAACCAGUCGCUUGAAGAAGCUGAUCCCGAGAUUCAUGAGUUCAUGGAAAAGGAAAAGCAGAGACAGUUCAGAGGAAUAGAGCUCAUCGCUUCUGAGAAUUUCGUGUGCCGUGCAGUAAUGGAAGCUCUGGGGAGCCAUUUGACGAACAAGUACUCGGAAGGGAUGCCCGGAGCAAGGUACUACACGGGGAACCAGUAUAUUGAUCAGAUUGAGAUUCUUUGCCAAGAGCGUGCGCUUGCAGCUUUUGGACUCCACCAUGAGAAAUGGGGAGUUAAUGUGCAGCCUUACUCUUGCACUUCGGCGAAUUUCGCUGUUUUCGCCGGUCUUUUGUCGCCCGGUGAACGGAUUAUGGGACUGGAUUCUCCUUCAGGUGGUCAUAUGAGCCACGGGUAUUACACACCAGGUGGGAAGAAAGUCUCUGGUGCGUCCAUAUUCUUCGAGAGCUUCCCGUAUAAGGUCGACCCUCGUACAGGGUAUAUUGAUUACGAGAAGCUUGAGGAGAAGGCGCUUGACUAUCGUCCCAAGAUACUUAUCUGUGGAGGGAGUUCGUAUCCGAGAGACUGGGAAUUCCCUAGGUUUAGGCAUAUUGCAGACAAGUGUGGAGCUGUUCUGAUGUUUGACAUGGCACAAAUCAGCGGUCUUGUGGCUGCCAAGGAAAGUCCAAAUCCAUUCGAUUAUUGCGAUAUUGUUACCUCAACGACACACAAGUCUCUACGUGGACCUAGGGGAGGUAUCAUAUUUUACAGGAGAGGCUUGAAGAAUAAGAAGCAAAGCAUUAAUCUUAAUCACUGUGAGAGCGAUGUCCAAUACGAUUUCGAAGAAAAAAUCAACUUUUCUGUCUUCCCAUCGCUACAAGGAGGGCCUCACAAUAACCAUAUAGCUGCUCUAGCCAUUGCCCUCAAGCAGGCCGCUUCACCGGAGUACAAGGUUUACAUGCGACAGGUCAAGAAAAACGCUAAGGCUUUAGCAUCUGCGUUGAUAAGCAGAAACUGCAAGUUGAUAACAGGUGGCACCGAUAAUCAUUUGCUUCUUUGGGAUCUGACUCCUUUGGGCUUGACAGCUGUGUCACCAAAAGCGAUUCAAAUCUUCGUCCUCGUGAUUUCAGGAAAGGUUUAUGAAAAAGUGUGCGAGAUGUGCCAUAUCACGGUCAACAAAGUUGCCAUUUUCAGCGAAAACGGUGUUAUUUCCCCUGGAGGAGUGAGAAUAGGUAGUCCUGGUAUGACCUCAAGAGGUUGCUUAGAAGCAGAUUUUGAGACAAUGGCUGAGUUUCUGUAUAGAGCUGCUCAGAUAGCAAGUGCUGCACAAAGGGAACACGGGAAGUUGCAGAAGGAGCCGCUCAAAAGCAUCUAUCACUGUAAAGACAUUGCAGAUCUUCGGAACCAAGUCGAGGCUUUUGCUUCUCAGUUUGCAAUGCCUGCGUUUGACAUGUGAGUCAGCUUCAAGAACGCGACAGCACAAUCUCCCUCAUUUUUUUUCGCCAUGGUAAUCUAA